AAGGGGUUGAUCACACACACGUAGAGGGGGAGGCAUGUAUCGUGUGCAGUCCACACAACACUGGUUACAAAUGAAAUACGGUAGAGAAAGCAUUAAGCAACGUGUUCGGGAAUUAGAGAUUACCUCAUUGUGGUCUGAUCUUUGUUCGUAACAAAAAUAGUGCAGUAAAAAAGUCAACUUUACAGCUGUGAUCAUCGGUUCUUCGCUAUAUGAAAUGCAAGCUAACGUGUUCCGGUAAUAACAUAAUCAUAAUAACCGUAGUGAAUUGACAAUUUGACUCGGUCCAAUUAAUCUUAAAUUCUUAAUUUGCACGUUAAAAAAAUAUAUACACAAAUAAAAUAGCAUGGCCGAAAAUGCCAGUGGAUCUUGCACGGAGUCGCCGAAAGCAUCCUCAACGGCGAUGACACAAUGCUAUGAGAACUACAUACUCGUUGAUGUUGGCGCUAAUCUAACAAAUAAAAAGUACAGUCGUGACUUAGACAGCGUUAUACAGCGGGCAAAGGAUGCCGGUGUCAAGAAGAUCAUGGUCACCGGAGCAAGCAUCAGAUCCAGCAAAGAGGCACUGAGACUGACGAGAAUAUACCCAGGUACCUUGUACUCAACGGCAGGAGUUCAUCCUCACGAUGCCAAGUCCUGGGAGGACGACGAGACGCUGCAAGAGCUCGAAAGUAUUGCCAGUAAUCCGGAGUGCGUCGCCAUUGGGGAAUGCGGCCUAGACUACAACCGUGACUUCUCCGACCCUGAGACCCAGCGCAAUGUGUUUCACAAGCAAAUCGAACUUGCCUGCCAGCUCAACAAGCCAUUGAUAAUCCAUGAACGAAGCGCCCAAAGCGAUGUACUGGAAGUUUUGAGUCAUUACUUGAACAGGUUACCCCCGGUUCUUGUUCACUGUUUCACUGGGACGGCGGAAGAGGCCCAGCUAUACCUGGACCAAGGAUUUUACCUCGGAAUCACUGGUUAUCUCUGUAAGGACAAAUCAGACAGUGGAGUCAGGCAGCUUUUGGAAGGGGGACAGGCUCCUUUGGACAGAAUCCUUGUUGAAACGGAUGCUCCUUUUAUGUACCCAAAUACAAGGGCUAGCAAACUGCCUUCUCACGUCAAAGACGCUUUGACGGAGCGCUCCAUGACCUUCCUUCAUCGGUACUGCACAUUUCAACGUAACGAGCCAUGUGCUUUGCCUGCGAUAGUUGAAAUGGUUGCAGCAUUCAUGCGCAAGUCGCCGGAGGAAGUUGCCCUAGCCACUGCCUUCAAUGGUUUGAAAUUAUUUGGACUCAAUCAAUGAUGAUUUUUUCUCUUUUCAAUGCGUCACUCAGAUUUUCUUCAAAGAGCGGAAAAAUGGUGCUAGGAAUACGGUGCUCCAAAAUGUAUUUCUCCUUGUAUCAAUAGGCAGCUUUUAAUCUGCUUCUAUGAAAACAGCCAAUUUAUUUCCUAUCGUAUUUAUUUCUCAUUUGUAUGUGUGCAUUCUCUCAUUGGAUACCCUUCAACUGUACGAUCGUACAGUUUCGAUCUAUCCGUUACUAAAUAAACUUUAGACUUUGACCAUUUGAGAUAUUGCAAGACUAUUAAAUUAUCCGUAAUAAUGAUUAUAUUCGACAAGUAUUUCCUAAGAAAUGAUUUUUUUUUUCGUUUCUAAAUUCUCUCAUUAUUCCUAAAGCCAGAUAGGAGUCCAAACUCUUUCUUCACAGUCAUGCAGAUUUUGACACUUGGCUUGUACGUAUGUUUUAUGCUUUUAACCAAUUACAAUAUGCUAUUUUUAUCAAUCGACAAACUUGUCGAGUAGCAAUAGAUUGACGAUUAUAUUCCUGUUGAUAUAUUAUAUAUUUUGAUAUAAUAAACUGUUAUACAUCAACAUCU